AAAAAGCAGGCGGAGGAGGCGCUAGCGUAAUGUAAUGAGUUGAAGCAGGGUAGUUUUGAGGAGUAAAAAGUUGUUUAUUUCACUCUGGUGUUGCCUGACCCGUGGAGCCUUGUCAGUACUUGGAAUUAUACAAAGUUGGAAGAAAUGUAGGGACUUUUUGGCAGUUUUUGUCGUUGCCUCACGAUGGAGGAACCUGCGACAAGAGAGUUGGAGAUGUCCCUGUCAGACGGUACCUCGGACGACGACAUGCCCUUAAUGUUACCCUCAGAGGGCAGCCACAGUGGGAGCAUCCGCAAGGGAUGUGAUCCUUUUGCCCAGACUCAGCGCAGUAAACUGCAGCACAGGCGAGCUCGCAUCAACCAGCAGAUCAACAAAGAGAUGCGCAUGAGAGCAGGAGCAGAGAACCUGUUCAGGGCAACGACCAACAACAAGGUGAAAGAAACCGUUGCUCUGGAGCUCAGCUUCGUCAACUCCAACCUGCAGCUGCUGAAGGAGGAGCUGGAGGAGCUCAACAGCAACAUGGAGGUCUACCAGACAGACAGUGAUGCUAUCAACGUUCCCAUGAUCCCACUUGGAUUAAAAGAAACCAAAGAGGUGGACUUCACAGUCGCUAUCCAGGACUUCAUCUGUGAGCACUACGGAGAGGACAGCUCUCUCUACAGCAAGGAGAUCAAAGAGCUUAUGGAGCUCAGACAGGCCAUGCGUACACCCAGUCGUAACCAGGCUGGGCUGGAGCUCCUGAUGGAGUACUACAACCAACUGUACUACCUGGACCAGCGCUUCUUCCCUCUACACAGGAACCUGGGUGUACACUUCCAUUGGUACGAUUCUCUGACAGGCGUUCCGUCAUGUCAGCGUACGUUGGCCUUUGAGAAAGGAAGUGUGCUGUUCAACAUCGGUGCUCUUUACACACAGAUCGGAGCACGGCAGGACCGCUCUGCAGCAGCUGGCAUAGACCGAGCCAUAGAUGCCUUUCAGAGAGCUGCAGGUGCAUUUAAUUACCUUAAAGAGAAUUUCUCCAACGCUCCCAGUCUGGACAUGAGUGGUCCGUCGCUCUGCAUGCUGGUACGUCUGAUGGUUGCCCAGGUGCAGGAGUGUGUGUUUGAACGUGUCACACUUACCACAAAGGACACACACUUCACUUCCCAACUCCGCCUGGCACAGGAAGCUGCACGGGUGUCAGAUGUCUACUUGUUAGUGCAGCAGACCAUGACGCAGCCUCUGAUGAAGGACUAUGUGCCAUUUUCUUGGGCAUCCAUGGUUCAGGUCAAAUCUGAACACUUCCGUGCCCUCUCACACUACUACGCAGCUGUCGCACUCUGCGAUCACACAUUAUCUGCUGAGGAGGACGAGGGUGAUGAGGAAGCAGAGAAGGCUUAUCUCCAGUUCUAUGUCAACGUUCCUGCCGGGUCAACACUCAGCCAGGUUUUACAAGACCCUGAAAAAAGAAGAAAGCUUGGUAAAGCUCACCUGCGGCGUGCAGUAAUCAGACAUGAGGAGGCCAUGCGUGUCCACAGUCUGUGUAAGAUCCUGAGGAAGAUGGACAUCCUGCAGGACGUGCUGUCUCUCACACACAAACGCUCCUUGGAUAAGUACUCGGAGCUGGACAGAGAGGACGACUUUGAUGAAACUGCAGAGGCUCCAGAGAUACAGUCUCAAACCCAUCAGAAACCAGAAAUAACUCCAACCAACUUUGCUACAGUUCAAGUUACUGAUAUCUUCCAAAGACUGGGACCUCUGUCAGUGUUUUGUGCUCGGGCUCGCUGGGGUCCGGUACGUGUGAUCUGCCUGCAGAGGAGGGAGGGCGGACUAGGUCUUACACUCAGAGGAGACUCCCCUGUCCUGGUGGCUGGAGUGGUGCCUGGAGGGUGUGCAGCGGAGGCUGGACUAAGAGAAGGAGACUACAUAGUAGCAGUUGACGGACAGGAUAGUAAAUGGGCCAAACACAGCGAGGUGGUCCACAUGCUAAAGAGCUGUAGCGACAGAGGAGUGGAGCUCAGUGUGGUGACAUUACACUCACAUGAUACACAGCAGGUAGAGAGGAGGACCAUAAUGCUGUCACACAGCAGUGAUAAGGAAAAUACUCGGCAGUGUCUGCUGGGUGGAGCUAAGGGUCAGAGCUCCGCCUCCUUGUUGAACUGGAACAGGAAGAAGAAGAGGGAAGGAGGCGGGGUCACUAAGAGACUAGGAAGCACUUUCAGUUUGUCAUUCGGAAGCAUCCGAGACACUGAGGCCAUGUACUGAGACAUGACAGCAGAGGAACCACUCAGGGAAUCACAGCAGUGGAGCACAGGUUACGAUCAGGACCGCAUUCAGACUGACAGUAGUGCUGCACCAAGAAACAUCAGCAGGGGAUGCUGCUGCUGCUGCUGCUGCUGCUGCUGCUGCUGCAGCUGCAGAGAGCUCUGACAAAAAGCACAAGGUUACUCCAGUAAAGUUGUUUCUGGCUUCUUCUUCUUGCUUCAGCACAUUCCAGUGUAUCCGGCAGCUUUGCUGGCCAUACAAAUAUGUGGAAGCACACAUACCAGGUAGAACACCUUCUGACAUGUAGCUUUUAGCUAAUUUUUACCUUUCAAGUGAAGAGCCUAUUGCUGAUGCCAUAACUUUCAAGGGUUGAACAGUCCUGCCUCUGAGGAGCAUGCCGUACUCCUCUGUGCAGCUCUGUGUACUGCCUUGCAGCCUAAAAGUGUGUUGAGACAGAAUGCAAGGAAAAGUUUAGAUGCAGGAUGCUCUAAAUUCACUUUGAGACAGGACUGGGUUUGUAAAGAUUACAAACUGCCAUGCUGUUGCUCCUGCAUCACUCUGUGCAAAAAAAUUUACAAAAAUUGACUGACAAAAUGUGUGAUGCACAUGCAGGGCUGGGCAAGAUAUCGAUAUUAUAUUGAUAUUGUGAUGUGAGACUAGAUAUCAUCUUAGAUUUUGGAUAUUGUAAUAUUGUAAAUCUUUUCAGAGUUCUAAAGGCUGCAUUACAGUCAAGUGAUGUCAUUUUCUGAACUUACCAGACUGCUCUAUAGCUGUUCUACUUUUUGCCUUUACCCACAGAGUCUGAAUCUUUGAAUCAGAAAUUCUCUUGAAGAAAAAAUGUAAACAUUUGUUGGAAAUAUCAAUCAGCAAAAUGUGGGACACAUGGCCAUUAAAAUGAAAGGAGCAGAGAAAACAAAAAUGUAUUUGCCAGUCUAUUAAUCUCUUAAUAGUAAAUCUUAAAUUUGACAUAUUUUCUCACUACACCAAUAACUUAGAUUGUGAUGCUAACUGAAUACAACACGAUUGUCAUACUCAUGCACAAGAAGGUGGAGGGGACAGCGACAACAUUCGGAGAUUUACAAGCAGCGUCUUUAUUCCUAAAAUCUGUGGAAAAUCUGCAGAGUUCUGUGAGCACAGAUUCUGUAUGUGCGUGGUCAUUGUAUUCACAUUAAUGAUGAUUAUUUAUCAAAAAUGUUAUGAAACACUAAUUGUCAACACUACAAUGUCGGCGCAAUAUAGAUAUCAGGGUAUUUGGUCAAAGAUAUCAAAAUAUUUGAUUGUCUCCAUGUCGCCCAGCCCUAUGCGCACAACUUUUGUUGUACAUCUUUCAGUGGUUGAACUUCACUGUGAGACAGGAAGCCACUGAGAGUCAAAGGAUUAUUUUGAAUAUUACUGAACUUGAUUUGAUUUUUUUAAGCAAACAACUGACAGUUACUUUAAAAAUAAUCAUUCCAAUCAACCAGAGACUAGUGAAUAAAUAAAUUAACUAACAGGCUAACAGUAAGUCCAGGGCCAAGGGCUCACAAACAAAAACCCAACCUUGUAAGUCUUAACCAUGCUUACAACUUGUGAAUGUUGAGAUCUAAUGGGACAACAAAGAAAAGGUUUCAGCUUUUGUUCUAACUCAGAUUCAGAUAAGCAAUAUUAGUACAGUGCUGUUGGAGAUUACUCUGAUAUGGAAUCGGGAUUAACAAAAAAUGAGAUGAGUCCACCUUUAUCGACUAAGUUUAAUGCUCACUGGAUGUCUUAUGACACAAACAAACCUAUUUGGAUCUAAUCUUUUUAAGACCGCACCCAAGCAACAUUAGAUAUACCCCCAUCCUAUGUCUUAGUGUUGAUGCUUUAGAGAAGCAGAUAUUUAAUCACUUUCGCUUCCUGUAUCGGCACAGUACGGCUAACAAAUCUGGACUACUUCUGUCUAUAUAAUGUGUCCAGUGUGUGCUGCGGGUGACACAAUGCUAUGUGACACAGCUGGCAAUAUCUGCAGUGAAAUUAAGUAAAUCACUGAAAGCUCCUUUGCUUAACUUUAGACAAAGUAUAUGUAUUGUAACAUUAAUGUACUGAUGGAGAAAGAAUUGAAAGGGCAGUUCAGAAUUAGAAACAAGUACCAUGUUUUUUGUGUCUUACAUUAUCCCUAAGUGGUGUCUGAGAUGACAGAACACUGUAACAGUCACCUGUUUAACCACUAAAGUGCUCCACAUUUGGAUCAGCUCAUCCACUUUGCAUUACUAAUGAAUAUGACGAUGAUGUUCUUGCAGAAAUAUUUGUGUUUAGUUUUGUCAUUUUUAGAUAAUUAAAAGCACUUCAGAGGUUUUGGUCCAAUGUUUGGUAGUUUUGAUAUUUUUAAUGCACUGUGAAUAUUGAAAAGGACAAAUCUCAUGUUAAUAAUGUAGUCCUGACUUGAUGUUUUAAUAAUGACCAUGAAACACACAAAUACUCUUGUGUGUAUUUGAAAUGUAGUGUCUUAGAUCUGUUGUGUCCUUACUGGUUUCUGAGAGUGGUCCAGCCACUGUGCUGUGUUCCAGUUAGCCAGUAUGAGGAACAAUAGAUAAGGAUGUUAGUGGGAAAAUGUUUUUAUUAUUAACAGUGUUUGAACUUUUUGUAAGAUUUUGAUAUAUCUAGAAAUGUGAGAAUUGUAGCACAUUACUCGUUGGUCCAGCUAAAAAUUGAUGCUGUGUUUUCUUUUGUUUUGCCAUGGCCUGUGUGUGUCUUUGUUUUCUUUCUGUACAAUGUUUGUGCCAUGGCGGUCCAUAGUGGUGAGUACAGAAAGCCGGAGGGGACAGACAAUUAUAUGUCAUUCUCUUUUAACAUGAUCACAACUGUCACAAAAAAGUGUUGACAGUUUACACCAACAUUACAAAUAGUAAGAUCUUUUUAAUCCUCAUAAUCAUGACAUAAAUAUCAGAUUUCAAGGAACCAAGUUUGACAUGGUAUGAUAACAAAGUAUCUUCUUGUUGACGAAAAACUGGUACAAUCUUUCCUGCUCAGCUUUCUGCACUCUGUAUGUGUGAGUGAGUAAAUAUUUGUCAAAAUUGUUGUGAAGGAAUAUUUUUUUUCCUUCUGUUUGUGUCUUUGACUCGAUAUCUGACCAUCCCUUAUUGACUGCAUUUGGGGAUUUGCACACUAUUUUUUCAUGUAUAAAUACAAUAAAAAAAAGUGAAUAAU